AUGAUUCGCUGGCUCCCCCUGGCCGACCCCUCUCCGCUCCCCUCACCCUCGCCCUCUGCAUGCCUUCUCUGGCUUCCCGUGCCUGCUGCGCUCCGUGCGCCAGGGUUCCGCCCUCCGUUCUGCCCUCUUGGCGACUUCCUCCUGAUUCGUGGAGCCCCUCCCUCAGCCCUCCCCACUCUUCCGCCUGUCCCCAUUGUGGCGUCGGCGGCUCGCGCGCCUUUCGCCCCUCCCCCCUGCCCGUCUCGUGCAGCGGCCGCCUUUCUGGCGACGGUGACCAGGCGUCUUCCCUCCUGCUGCGCUACUGGCGGCGUUCAGGUGAGUGCCCCUCCCCUCCGUACUCCUCCCUCCGCGCGUGGCGCCAGUCGGGCAAGCGGGUCCCGCCCUUGUCCCGCUGCGCUCGCUGACUCGGCCAUCCCGGCGAGGGCAUUGUGCUGCUGCGCUCCCCUUGCUGUUGACCGCGCCGCUCCCGUGACACACGCUCCGCCCCGUGCCUCCCUUUCUGGCGCCCUUGUGGCCUGGGUGAGCGCGGCUCAUCCCUCCAUUCGUCAUCGCGCGCCUGCCGCCGUCCCGGCGAACGCGUGCCGCCGCCCCCUCCGCACGCUGUCCCUCUCCACGGCUGCCGUCUCGACUACGAGAUUCCUACAGCGUGGUCCUUGA